AAAAGACAAGUACAUACAUCAACUGUAGAACACAAACAAAUCCAGGGCUACAAUAAACGAUUUAAUUCUUGUCCUGAACCUGAACAAAACCACGUUCUAACGCCCCGGUUCUAACUGUUUUUAUUCAUCUUCUAUUUUCUGUGGUUAGUGCGAAGUUUGGAAGAAACAAGUUAUAAUACUCAAUCAUGGGGACUAUGAGGAUGAUGGAAUGGUCUGCAGAAUCUGCUUUAAAAGCUUAUUUUGAUACCCUAAAACUGUGCAAUGACCGUGGGGGACAAUGUGUCUCGUGGAAAACACAAGAGCCAGGCAGCAAUGAAUUUGUUUCAGCCUUGGCUGCCGGCAUGAAAGCCAAACUCAUAGUGGAGGUGACCUCAACUGUUUCGCCAUCAACGAUAGCCUUAGCAGUUGCUGCAAAACACACAGGAGGAAAACUGGUUUGCAUUCUUCCCGAGCCAGUCCUCAAUGAAUCAAAGAAAGUAAUCAGAGACUUAGGCCUUAAAGACUUGGUGGAGUUCAAGACCAGUGACCCUUCUGAGCUGUUGUCGAAUUACAAGAACAUUGAUUUCUCUAUGGUUGAUUGCAAGAAUGAUGAUUACACAAGGCUGCUGAAGUUGCUAGAUGUUAACCCUAGAAAAUCAGUGGUUGUGGCUAAUAACUUGGUUGGUGAAAGAAAAGGGUUGGAAGGGCAUUUGGGAGUGACGGAAAAGUGGGCUCCGGUGAGGUCUACAAAGAAUUCCAUCGGGAAAGGAAUGGAGGUCACCAUGAUUGGGAAGAACACUGAGGUUGGCAAGGGAUAUUGGCGUGGAGGAAGUAAGAGGAGGAGUGGUAAGAGUAAAUGGGUUGUCAAGGUUGAUGAGAAGAGUGGUGAGGACCAUAUCUUUAGGGUGCCUGGCUAACGGCUAAAUCACUUUUCAUGUUUUCUUUCGCUAUCAAACUUGCAAAGGGGAGAUGAAUGAUGAGGAUAUCUUUUUAAUUUAUACGUGAACUCUUCAAACAAAUCUGUGCAGUGAUCAGUGAUAUCAAGGUUAAAAAUGUCACUGUAUCUAAGGAUGGAGUUAGAAACUUUCUUUAGUGGGGGCGACCUUAACCUCUAGUUCGACUAGAGGAAAAAAAAAAUUCACGAUAGUAGAGUUUCUUCUAUAAUUUCAUUGCUUUUCUUUUUCUUCUCAAA